AUGGAUCUUAGCCAGAUUUUGUUGAACGCCCAGAGCCCUGAUCGCGAGGUGCGCGCUGGGGCUGAGAAGCAGCUUGCUGCGGCUGAGCAGCAUAACCUGCCCUCCUUCUUGCACGCUCUGUGCCUGGAGCUCGCCUCCGCCGACAAGAACCCCCACUCUCGCCGCCUUGCUGGUCUCAUCUUGAAGAAUGCCCUCGACGCCAAGGAUGAAACCCGAAAGCAGCAGCGCAUUCAGCAAUGGCUUGCUUUGGAUGCUGCCGCCAAAGCACAGAUCAAGGCCGGGGUUGUCAAAACUCUUGCUGAUUCGGUCAAGGAAGCCCGGCACACCGCGGCCCAGGUCCUGGCCAAAAUCGCCGUCAUCGAGCUUCCUCGUGACCAAUGGCCCGACCUGAUCGAGAGCCUCAUGAAUCACAUGAUGCUGCAGGACAACAACCUCAAGGAGAGCACUUUGGAAGCGCUUGGCUACAUCUGCGAAGAAAUCGAACCUCAAGUGAUUCAGGAGAAGUCCAACCAGAUCUUGACCGCCGUCGUUCAGGGCAUGCGCAAGGAAGAGCCGAGCGCUGAUGUCCGAGUAGCUGGCACCACUGCGCUGCUUAAUGCCCUUGAAUUCGUCAAGGCCAAUUUCGAGAAGGAGGCGGAGAGGAACUACAUCUUGACCGUUGUUUGCGAGGCCACCCAAGCCCCCGUUGCUCCUAUCCGAGUUGCUGCCUUCGAAUGCCUCGUCAAGAUCGCUGCUCUGUACUAUGACAAAAUCGGGACCUGGAUGCAGAACGUCUUCAACAUUACGCUGGAGGCGAUGAAGAAGGACGAAGAGCUGGUGGCGCAGCAAGCUGUAGAGUUCUGGUCGACCAUCUGCGACGUUGAAGUUGACAUUUUGAUGGAAAUGGAUGAGUAUGUUGCUGCCAAGGAACAACCCCCGAGGGCCUGCCUGAACUACAUCAAGGGAGCCAUGAAGUUCCUCAUCCCCGUUCUCAUGGAGUGCCUCACAAAGCAGGAGGGCGAAGAGCAGGAGGAGGACGCGUGGAACGUCGCUACUGCGGCGGGUACCUGCCUGGCCUUGAUUGCCUCGACCGUGCUCGAUGAGGUGGUUCCCCACGUGAUGCCGUUCGUGCGCGACAACAUCAGCAACACCAACUGGCACUUCCGCGAGGCUGCGCUCCUGGCUUUCGGUUCCAUUCUCGAGGGUCCCACCGGCUACAUCAUCACCGAGCUUGUCACGCAAGCCAUCCCCAUCCUCCUUCAGCACACGAAGGACUCAGUCACUCUCGUCAAGGAUUCCACCGUCUGGACUAUCGGUCGCAUCUGCCAGUUCCAUGCUCAGACCAUCGCUACCAAGCUGCCCGAAGUGGUUCAGGUCUUGAUUGAAGCCCUCGCCGAUGAGCCUCGCAUUGCCGCCAAGGCUUGCUGGGCCAUCCACAACCUUGCCAGCGCUUACGAGGUUGAGGACAAGCCUACGUCUCCGCUUUCGCCCUACUUUCAGGCCCUCGCCACUGCCCUGUUCCACGCCAGCAGCAGGGAUGACGCUGAUGAGAGCUUCUUGGCCACCGCUUCUUAUGAGGCCCUCAACGUGCUGAUUCAGAACUCGACCAAGGAUUCGCUUCCGCUCAUUGCGCAGCUGCUGCCUCCGCUCCUCGAGCGUCUCGAGAAGACCUUUGCCGCUCAGAUCGUGUCCAGCGACGACAAGGAAGCCGUUGUCGAGCUUCAGGGUCACCUCUGCGGCUCUCUUCAGGCCUGCACCCAGAAGCUGGAGGGUGAGGUCAAACCGUACGCCGACCGUAUGAUGACCCUCUACCUCAGGCUGUUUGAGUUGCAGAGCGCCACCGUCCAAGAGGAAGUGCUGAUGGCUGUUGGUGCCCUCGCGAAUGCCGUGGAAGCUGACUUCGCCCGCUACAUGCCCGCCUUCGGCAAGUGGCUCGAGCUCGCGCUCCGCAACUGGGAGGAGCACGCCGUGUGCGCCAUCGCAGUCGGCGUGGUUGGCGACAUCUGCCGCGCUCUCGGCGACAAGGUCACCCCUUACUGCGAUGUUCUCGUCGGCCUUCUGCUCGAGAACCUCAAGAACCCGCACAUCAACCGCAACGUCAAGCCGCCCAUCCUCUCGUGCUUUGGUGACAUUGCCCUUGCCAUUGGCGGCCGAUUCGAGCCCUACUUGCCCCACGUGAUGGGCAUGCUCCAGCAGGCCUCCACUACUCCCAUCCCCGAGACCGCCGACUACGACUUUGUCGACUACGUGCUUCAGCUCCGAGAGGACAUCUUCGAGGCCUACACGUCGAUCAUCCAGGGUCUGCGCACCGACAACAAGUCGGAUCUCUUCCUCCGGCAUGUGGAACACGUCGUGGGCUUCGUCUCCUUCGUCUGGAACGACCCUACCAAGUCCGACGAGGUCAUCCGCGGUGCCGUGGGCGUCCUCGGAGAUCUCGCGCACGCUCUCGGCCCGAAGGUGAGGGACGUCCUCAAGCACGAGAUCGUGCAGGGCAUCAUCAACGAGUGCGCCUCCUCGUCGAACCAGCAGACGAGGGAGGUGGCCAAGUGGGCCAAGCAGGUAAUCGCCAAGCUCUAA